AUGGAACCUUUCCAGAAGACUCGACGAAUCGCAAACGCGGGAAACCUGGGAUUGCGCACCAAGAUGCACGUAGCCAGAAUACCCCACCCCGCCUUGUAUGCUAACCCACGCCCAAACACGGUACGACCGACUGCAUCAAACCAAGUGAAUUCCGCAAGGAUGGGUUUCUUCACGUCCGUCAAAAAUGCGGGCGCCAAGGCUAAACUCAAAGGCGAAAUCGCUCUGCUCGACCGUGAAAUUCAAACGCGACGGCACUCCUUGGGCGUGGAGCUUUACAAUCUCUUGCAGCUGACGGAACAUUCCAAGACCGUUAAUAUCGCGACGCCUUCCAUCUUUCACGCCAACGAGUCGCAAAUUAAAAUCCCGUACGAGGCGUGUCGCGCGGAUUUGCGCAUACUGCAGAACGAAAUGGAAGCAAAACGACUCGAACUCGAACGUAUUGCCGUGAAUCGGGAACGGGCGCGACCGCCACGAACGAAUCAGGAACGUCUCGAAAAAGCGGGAUCGUGGAUGAGCGAUACCGGUAGUGAGGCUAAACUGCAGGUGGAAUUGAAAAUGCUGGAACGCAAAAUGAAGUCGCGGAAGGAAAAGUUUGGGGUUGACGUAUGCGAACACUUGGAUACUCUUCCGAGUAAAACCUCUGAAUCGACCGCGGCUUCACGAGCAAUGAACAAAACGGACGAGAAGAAAAAAGGAAGCGGAAGGCUUGGGAUCCUCACGGGAGGCAGCAAAAGUCCAGUCAGCGGCGUCAAGAGUGGUAUUGCCAGUCAAUUUUCCAAAUUGUCCAAGUCGGAAAAAGAAAUUCAAGAAUGCUUGGAUCGGGCGAAAAGAGAUAUCACGUUUAUUGAAAAUCAGAAAGAUUUAAAAAAUCGCGAAAUUGCGCGAUUGGAAGAGUCGCAGGUGUGA